AUGCCCCGGCCGGAGUUGCCCCUGCCGGAGGGCUGGGAGGAGGCUCGCGACUUCGACGGCAAGGUCUACUACAUAGACCACACGAACCGCACCACCAGCUGGAUCGAUCCGCGGGACAGGUACACCAAACCGCUCACCUUUGCUGACUGCAUUAGUGAUGAGCUGCCACUGGGAUGGGAAGAGGCGUAUGACCCACAAGUUGGAGAUUACUUCAUAGACCACAACACCAAAACCACUCAGAUUGAGGAUCCCCGGGUACAAUGGCAGCGGGAGCAGGAGCACAUGCUGAAGGAUUACCUGGUGGUGGCCCAGGAGGCUCUGAGUGCACAAAAGGAGAUCUACCAGGUGAAGCAGCAACGCCUGGAGCUCGCGCAGCAGGAGUAUCAGCAGCUACAUGCCGUCUGGGAGCACAAGCUGGGCUCCCAGGUCAGCUUGGUCUCUGGCUCAUCAUCCAGCUCGAAGUAUGACCCCGAGAUCCUGAAAGCCGAGAUUGCCACUGCAAAAUCCCGGGUCAACAAGCUGAAGAGAGAGAUGGUUCACCUGCAGCACGAGCUACAGUUUAAAGAGCGAGGUUUUCAGACCCUGAAGAAAAUCGAUAAGAAAAUGUCUGAUGCCCAGGGCAGCUACAAACUGGAUGAAGCUCAGGCUGUCUUGAGAGAAACCAAAGCCAUCAAGAAGGCCAUCACCUGUGGGGAAAAGGAAAAGCAAGAUCUCCUUAAGAGCCUCACCAUGCUCAAGGACGGCUUCUGCACCGACAGAGGGUCUCACUCCGACCUGUGGUCCAGCAGCAGCUCUCUGGAGAGCUCAGGUUUCCCACUGCCGAAACAGUACUUGGACGUGAGCUCCCAGACGGACAUCUCGGGGAGUUUCGGCACCAGCGGCAACAAUCAAUUGGCAGAAAAGGUCAGACUGCGUCUUCGAUAUGAAGAGGCUAAGAGAAGGAUCGCCAACCUGAAGAUCCAGCUGGCCAAGCUCAACAGUGAGGCCUGGCCCGGGGUGCUAGACUCAGAGAGGGACCGGCUGAUCCUCAUCAACGAGAAGGAGGAGCUGCUGAAGGAGAUGCGCUUCAUCAGCCCCCGGAAGUGGACCCAGGGGGAAGUGGAACAGUUGGAGAUGGCUCGGAAGCGUCUGGAGAAGGACCUGCAGGCAGCCCGGGACACCCAGAGCAAGGCGCUGACAGAGAGGUUAAAGUUAAACAGCAAGAGGAACCAGCUGGUCAGAGAGCUGGAGGAGGCCACCAGGCAGGUAGCAGCUCUACACUCACAACUGAAGAGCCUCUCAAGCAGCAUGCAGUCCCUGUCCUCGGGCAGCAGCCCUGGUUCCCUCACAUCCAGCCGGGGCUCCCUGGCCGCCUGCAGCCUGGACUCCUCCGCCUCGGCCAGCUUCACUGACCUCUACUACGACCCCUUUGAGCAGCUGGACUCGGAGCUGCAGAGCAAGGUGGAGCUUCUGCUCCUGGAAGGCACCACGGGCUUCCGGCCCUCGGGUUGCAUCACCACUAUCCACGAGGAUGAGGUGGCCAAGACCCAGAAGGCAGAGGGAGGUGGCCGCCUGCAGGCCCUGCGCUCCCUGUCUGGCACCCCAAAGUCCAUGACCUCCCUGUCCCCACGCUCCUCCCUCUCCUCCCCGUCCCCGCCCUGCUCCCCUCUCAUUGCUGACCCCCUUCUGACUGGAGAUGCCUUUCUGAGCCCGCUGGAGUUUGAAGACCCAGAGCUAAGUGCCACUCUGUGUGAGCUGAGCCUCGGGAGCGGCACCCGGGAAAGAUACCGGCUGGAAGAACCAGGAGCAGAGGGCAAGCCUUUGGGCCAAGCUGUGAACGCAGCCCAAGGGUGCGGCCUCAAAGUGGCCUGUGUCUCAGCCGCAGUGUCAGACGAGUCAGUGGCUGGGGACAGUGGUGUGUACGAGGCUUCUGUGCAGAGACUGGGUGCUUCAGAAGCCACUGCUGCAUUCGACAGUGACGAAUCAGAAGCAGCAGGUGCCACUCGGAUUCAGAUUGCCCUGAAGUAUGAUGAGAAGAAUAAACAAUUUGCAAUAUUAAUCAUCCAACUGAGUAACCUUUCUGCUCUGUCCCUGCUGCAAGACCAGAGAGUGAACAUCCGCGUGGCUAUCCUCCCUUGCUCUGAAAGCACCACCUGCCUAUUCAGGACCCGGCCCCUGGACGCCUCGGACACCCUCUUGUUCAACGAGAUGUUCUGGGUGUCGGCGUCCUACCAAGCCCUUCACCAGAAGACCUUACGAGUCGAUGUCUGCACCACCGACAGGAGCCACGUGGAAGAGUGCCUGGGAGGUGCCCAGAUCAGCCUGGCAGAGGUGUGCCGCUCUGGGGAGAGGUCGACUCGCUGGUACAACCUCUUGAGCUACAAAUACUUGAAGAAGCAGAGCAGCGGGCCCAAGACAGCUGGAGCCGCGGGCCCCAGCCCAGGGCCUGAACGCACGGACGCUGUGUCUGCCCUGCUAGAGCAGACGGCAGUGGAGCUGGAGAAGAGGCAGGAGGGCAGCAGCAGCUCACGGGCGCUGGGAGACAGCUGGAGGUACGAGGAGGAGACCUGCGAGAAUGAGGCUGUGGCUGAGGAGGAGGAGGACGAAGAGGGGGAGGAAGCGGAGGGAGAAGAAGAUUUUUUUGCAGAGAAAGCCUCCCCAGAUGAUCACCCAGCAUUGAAGGUGGACAAAGAGACCAACACGGACACGGUGGCCCCAUCCCCCACAGUGGUGCGGCCCAAGGACCGGCGUGUGGGCACCCCAUCGCCAGGGCCAUUUCUUCGGGGAAGCACCAUCAUCCGCUCCAAGACCUUCUCCCCAGGGCCCCAGAGCCAGUACGUGUGCCGGCUGAAUCGGAGCGACAGUGACAGCUCCACUCUCUCCAAAAAGCCACCUUUUGUGCGAAACUCCCUGGAGCGGCGCAGCGUCAGGAUGAAGCGGCCUUCCACCACCCCACAGCCUUCCUCUGGGAAAUCCCUGCGCACCGAGCGCCUGAUCCGCACCUCACUGGACCUUGAGCUGGACCUGCAGGCAACGCGAACCUGGCACAGCCAACUGACUCAGGAGAUUUCGGUGCUGCGGGAGCUCAAGGAGCGGCUGGAACAAGCCAAGAGCCACGGGGAGAAGGAGCUGCCACAGUGGCUGCGCGAGGACGAGCGCUUCCGCCUGCUGCUGAGGAUGCUAGAGAAGAGGAUGGACCGCACAGAGCACAAGGGUGAGCUGCAGACAGACAAGAUGAUGAGGGCGGCCGCGAAGGAUGUGCACAGGCUGCGCGGCCAAAGCUGUAAGGAGCCCCCAGAAGUACAGUCAUUCAGGGAGAAGAUGGCGUUUUUCACCCGGCCUCGGAUGAACAUCCCAGCUCUCUCCGCAGAUGAUGUCUAA